CUGUCAAUCGGCAUCAAAUAUUGCUGGACUCAUUUUUUCUUUCUUCUCGCACGAUUUCUAGAAAUAAUCAGUUUGCUGAUCUAAAUUAUAUUUAAUAAUAUACGGUACUUAAUAAAUAUACGUUUAAAUUUAAAUUGUGGACACUCAAAAUGAGUUCGGAAGCUGUAGUGACCGCUGGAAAUGAAAUUCGUGAAAAUCUGGUCACAACUGCAGUUAAAUUCCUCACCAAUCCGAGUGUUCAACGUUGUACUAUGGAGAGCAAAGAGAGGUUUCUCCGUAACAAAGGGCUAACGGACAUUGAAAUACAGAAAGCCAUAGAAAAGUGCGCCGAACUUGUAGACAUGCCGUCAAUAACAUCCGAACUUAUGUUCUUCCAUCACCCACGGAGAUCCUGGUUCAGAGAUAAUGUGUUACCAAUACUUGUCUAUGGUGGGCUAGCGUAUGGAUGCUACUGGUUUUAUAAGAACUGCAUCCGCCAGCUACUUUUCGUCGAAGAGCCGAAGCGUAAGUCCACAGCGGAGUGCAUAGACGAGUUGCGCAAGAGUCUGGACAUCUUGAACGCGAGCGUGACGUCACUGCGCAACGACAUGCAAGCUUCCGCGCAGCAGAGCGCUAUGCGCUCACAACUUGACAACAUCAAGUCUGACAUCGCUUCGGUUAAAGGAAUAUUGCUUCAUAGAAACCAGUUCCCCUCUCUGAACACGCGUCCCGAUCCGCCGUCCAUACCGGCGUGGCAGCGGCAGUCCGAAGAGGCCACCUCUACAGAAGCAGCGCCCGAAGAGAAGAAGAAACCUCACAGGAGCCGCAGCCAGCGCUCCGAGUCAGGAUCAAACUCUAGCGAGGGUGAACAGGCCACCAAAAAUAGCGACAGCAGUUUGGAGAUCAUGGAAAAAAUUAACCUAACAAAACCAAAGCGCCCAAUGUCAGCCUAUAUGCUAUGGUUAGAGUCUGCAAGGCAACAAAUAAAAGCCGAUAAUCCUGGCUUAAAAGUGACCGAAAUCGCUCGGAAAGGAGGAGAAAUUUGGAAAGCAAUGGAAGACAAAAGUGUUUGGGAGGAAAAAGCGGCGCAAGCCAAGGAUCAGUACGAAAAACAUUUAGAGGAUUAUAAUAAUUAUAAAAAUGAUGGAGGGUGGUGAUUGAGGCGCAAAAUGACAGAUGAUCUUCCUGCGCAUAAGGAGAAAGAAAUACAUUUUCUACCACACUGCGAGAUAUGCGCCCGUAUUCACAAACAUUACUUUGAGGUCUCACAGUGCGCGUGGACGCACAGGGUGACACACGAACCAAUCACAGAGCUCUAUUCAACGCUGUGUGUUUGAUUUGCUGCUUCACUUAAGCAAGCAUCGUUUGUGGGUACGGGCGAUGGUCAUAUUGUAGAGGCACGACUAUGACAUUUAAGAAAUUUUGAUCGCAGUCAGAAAAUGGUACAGUCAGCAUGAAAUUCGUCGUGACACCCAAUGGCCAAAAAGUUGACAAGACAACGUGACACAACCUUAUUAUUAAUUGUAACAAAGACGUGUUGCGAAUUUUUUGUCUAAUUUGAGUGUAGCGAACUAUUUGACGCUGACUAUAUUUACAAAUGGCUCAGUAAAACAUAGAAAGAACUUUUUUUUUCGACUUUUUGAUGAAAUAAACUACAUAUAACAAUGAAAAAAAUUGCUACAGCUCACAUGUGAGAAAUUAAAACCCACGCCUUUCGCUUGCCGGGCUCUGAAUUUUCAACGAAUCAAGUUAUUUGAAAUCCAGGCGGGGUGUGAUUUUAGGAAACAUCAAAUUGAUAAAUUAUGCGUGUGACAUAACACAAACACAGUGUAAACUCUUUAUAAACCGUUGUGGCUAAACGCAAACCGCGAAAGCCAAGAAAAAAAAACUCUUUAUAACUGGGGUGGCGAACUUGAUUAGUCCUAAAAUCUACUGUUUACUAACGAAACCCUGUGCUAUCUACCACUUACAUUUACUUCUUAAAUAUUUUAAUGAAACAACAUAGUUUUACAGUACACAAUCAUAUAGUAUUUAUUGCCUUGCCACGAUCGACUGGACUAAUAGUCGAAUCGACCGGUUGGCCACCCCUGCUUUAUAACGUAACUCAUUUUUUUAUAACUUUACUCAAUAUAACGACAAACCCCUUAGAACGUCGUUUCUUGACUUUGUUGGUUUACCUUGUUUUCUAUCCCCUUUACCGUGUCACUCCAUUUAACGACCACUCUUUAAAACGUCGAAAUUUGCCUGAUAUCUUGAAUGUCGUUAUAUGUAUAGUUUACACUGUAGUUGUAUAGAUCUCGCCGUAUAAUCAGUAAUUGCUAAGGAUUUUUAUAAUUAUUAUGAUAAUAUUUAAUUAACUAUGUUAUUUGAUACGAAAACUCUUCUAACGAAAAUCAUUUAUUAAUUUAUCUAUGUUUAUUGCGUUAUAAACAUACAUAAAUUAAUAAAUAAUUUGAUGAUGAUGAUUCUUUUUGACGUGUUUGGUUAUAUGAUUUUUCGCAAAGUGGACUUACAUUUUUGCCUUCUGUGUUAUGUUAAUAAUUAUUCACUGUAUAUUAUGUGCACGAGGCUGUAUGUGAGCCCUUCAUUAACAUUUUAAAAUACAUUUCGGCGUAAUAUACCAAAUAGUCUUAGUGCAAUAGUAACAAUUAAUAUUGUAAAUAGUUUCGUUUUUGAAAGCAUCCGAUGCUUUUUUCUUUGCUAAACGAUUAUUAUUAAUAAUUUUAAUCCAAAUUUUAUUCGCACGGUUUGGAAAGUCCUGCCCAAAGUAAAAAAGCAUCGUUUGUCCAUUUAACAUUAAUUUGUAAUCAUGGUUUAAUGUCAUUGUUCCUUUAUUAUGUUUAUAAAGUAAGUAGUUUUGGUUUUUCUUUUGUUAUUUCUAAUUGUUUGCCAUUCGGUGUAAGAUUUUAUGAUAACUUUAAUUUUCAACAUGUAACAUAUUUUUUCUUGAUGUAAAAUUGGAUGGUACAUUGGUUGUAAUGAACUGCUAUUUUAGUAUAAAAGAUGUGAGUUGUAUGAUCGCGUAUAGAGUUGAAAAUUACCUGGAAAGUUUCCAUUUUGAAUGAAAGUUUUCUGAAAGUUACCUGAAAGUUUCCAAUUUAGGAAGUUUUAAUUUUUUUUUUUCACAAUUUCUAUUUUUUUUAAACAACUAUCGAUAGGUUUCGUCCAUCUGAUGAAUAAAACGUCAUUAAAUGUUUUCCUAUUACUAAUAGUUUGGCUGGAAAAAGUAUUUUCCUUUUCGUUGUAUGAUCGUUUUGGAAAAUUACUUAAAUUACCGUAAUUUGGUACAUUUCAGGAAUGUUUCCGGAAAGUUACCUUGAAAACUUAUUUUCUUACCGAAACGAAACAACAUUCCGUAAUUUUCAACUCUAAUCGGGUACAACAUUCCAAAGUUAUAAUGAUAUAUUAUCGUGAUAAUAAACCAAUGAAAAUAUA